AUGCCGCCGCCGCCGCUGCCAAGUCUGGCCAAGAAACCCCAACCAGCCCUACACCCAGUGGCCCCCCUUCUCGGAACGAUGCCCCCAAACGGGUCGCGCCUCCACUUCUUCAAAGCAAAACCCCACCGCAGCAAGUACGACCACAGCCACGACUUUGACAUCAAGCCAGGGACACCCGAGCCCGCAUCUCAUCCGAACGGGGGGAUGUAUGCGUCAACUCGAAGCAUUGUCGACAUCUUGUCGGACGACGGGCGCGGCGACAGCACGGACGACAGCAGGACCGGGAGACUCAUUGCUCCUGGAUCGACCACGAUCAUCACGACGGACAAGAGUCUGCCGCUGUCAAAGGAACUUGUCGCGCUCAAGUCCAUCCAAGGCCGCAUUGACAACGUCAUGCAUGCUUUCGACGAGUCGAUGGCCAAGGCUUCCACGUUUGACUCGACCGAUACGUUGACCCCCUUGACUUGGAAAGUUGGCGAAAUCCUCAUGGCGACGCACGAAAGCCUCACGAUGGCGUCCGGGUUCAACGAGCGGCUCUUCACCAAGGACAUGGACGAAGUCAAAAUUCUCAUGUCGCGCGACUCGCAGUCCGUUGUAGACGACUGGGCAACGGAGAGCACCCCUGUGAUGAGGAAACUCACCAACUUGUUCCGCCAGACCGUGAAAACACUCCAGGACAUGCAAGCAGGCGAUACAGCCAAUAUCAGGGGCCACAUGAGUGCGAGUUCGGCCGCAGUGCCGAGUACCAAGAUUGUGCACGCCCCAACUGCCACCGUGUCCGAGGACGCCGCCAAGUUAGUUCAGCGCCUCCAGAACGAAAAAGCCAUCUUGCUGGGCCAGCUCCAGGAAACGUCCAACAUGUACACGUCGAUCGCGGAAGUUGUCAAGGAGCGCGAGGACGAGGCGAAGCGGCUCAAGACGCUGCUACAUGGCAAAGUCGACGAGAUCACUCGGCUCAAGCACGAGAUUUUCGUCCUGAACAACGAAGAAGGCAAGCGAGAGGAGCAAGAGCGGACGGUGGCCCAUUGGAAGGAAAAGUACAUGACGCUAUUCAGUCUCCACCAGACUCUCGAGACCAAGGAGCGUGAUGCCACGAUCAAGGCAACUGCCUUGGCCGCACAAGUCCUCGACUUGACGGAGCGGGAAGCUCAAGCCCAGUCACUGCUCCAGGAAAACCAGGAGCUGCUGUCAAAAGCGCACGACGACAUCGCGGACAAGGCGGAAGAAUUGGCUCGCAGACAAAGUGUCCAGCUGCAUGGCAUUGCGCACGAAUACGAGCACGAAAUCCGAGACUUGAAGGCCAAGCUGAAAGAGAUCAAAGCCCAGUUGGGCGAGUCCCAAAUACAGCACAAGAAAGCGCUCGACCGGCAGCGCACCGAGAUGAAAAAACACUUUGACAGUGUCCUUGCCGCAGGGCAUCAUGGAUUCACGGAGCGUCAUUUGCACGUGGACAACGACUUGCUUCGCAGUCGCAACGGCAGCAUGCCUGUGGCCCAUGCAAACACUUCGUCGCUGGUGAUGAUCCAGCACCACGAGCCGCAGCAGCACGCUCCCUUGGAAGGACAUGGCAUGCAUGAUGACGACGAGAACGACGCGAACAUGGAAGAUUCCGACGCGGCCGACGACGAUUCGGGAGGUCAUGGACCGAAUAUUAGCGACGACGACGACGACUUUGACGAACGGGAAGUCCACGAUCAAGUCGCGGGGGUGGCAGAUUGUGCGCCGCUGCCAGGCGACGACCCCAACCUGAUGCCGCAGCAAUUGCCGCCCCAGACCGGGGGGAUGCCUCGGUCUCGGCGCCAAAGCGUCCAAGAACAAACCAUUCACAAGCACUUGAGCGGAUUGAUUAACAAAGCGUUCGCGGAAGGCUCCGUAGCGCAAGCGAUGGCGUCUGUGGUGCCCCCGUCGGAGAUGCUGUCAUCGGCUGCGGCAACGCGACGUAAAUCAAUCAUGAUGGCAGGCCCAAAGGGGGUCCCAGUGCAGGUUGAGGUGCCGGAAGGCGUAACUUUGGACGACGAUCCUGCCGGGCAAGGCAAAAUCGUGGGUGAAUCAAAAAGCCGUCGCGUUAGCUUGAAGGGCAGUUUGUCGGCGCACGACUUGGCGUCGGGGUUGGCUCAACAGAUCACGCCGGAGCUGGGCGACGCCGAAGCCGCAUUCAAUGCAUCCAUGCAGGCCAUGGAUAAGCUCAGCCUCACGGGCGCCAUCGAGUCCAGCCCCGACAUGACACUGGACGACCGGAUCCACCAGCUCCAGCUGCAGUUUGGGGCGGAAAAAGCCAUUUUAAAACGCAAGUUCAUCGACUCGAUGUGCCUCUUUCGGCACCAAAUGAUCGACCAGUACGACAAGAAAGCAACCGAGCUGAUGCGGAAACACCGCGCAGAAGUGAUUCGGAUCGCGACGGUCGCCGAAACCAAGUACGGCAAGCUCCUCGACGAGAAGGACGAUCUGCUCCGCGAAGCCAAACGCACGAUCAAGUCGCUGUACAAGAGCUUGGCUGUGAACUCCACGGACACCAAGACGGCGGAGUCGAAGCCCCACCAAGUGUCCAAAGUCAAGCAAGUCCUCAAGUCAACUUGGUCGCUUGUGUCUGCAAAACGCAUGAGCAAGCGGCUCAUGUCGCUGCAUCAAGCCGAACUUGCUCAACUGUGCAAACCCGACUACACGCCGACCGACAGCGACGUGGCCCCGGAACGAUUUGAGCCGCCUCCAAGCCCAGCGCCAUCAUCGACGCCAUCGAGGACACCAACCCCCCAAACGCUCUCGGAAGAACCAUACGACGCUUCGUCACCAGUACAGGUCAUGCCGCCGUCGCAACCAUCAACAACUCCCGUCCCGAAGACUCCCUUGCCAUCACGAACACCAUCUCCAUUUCCCACUUCGACACCUGCAGAACCUGAAGAACCCCCUUCAGCGCUCCAUGUGGACAUCUCAUUGCCGGAUCCCCAACCACCCCCGCCCCAGCUGCGUAUGCUGGAACCUCGACAGAUGGAGCCUCGUCGGACAAAUUACUCGAACGCUCCGCAGGACAGCGGAGAAGUUGUGGCUGUUGCGACGGCGCGCCCAAGCAUGCGAAACUCGAGCACGCAAGUGUGCGAAGCGGACUGGCACCCUGAGCUCGCAGUCGACGACGUCAGCGACGGGUUUGCUGGCCACACAACGCUUUCGAAUUACAUCUUGGAGGGUACAGGGCUGCACAAAGAUGUAGACGUGCAUCGCCCUGGUAACCGAAUACCGCAUUCGCCAGUGCAUCAUCGUCAAGACGCGUCGAGCAAUCGCGGCUCAUCGAUAAUGCACUCGAUGCCGUCCGACGACAUGGUCGAUUCAAUGCUACACUUGCCUCGGUCCGUUUUGAGCCACCACUACAACGCCCGUAACAGCAUGUACGCGCCGCCUCCUGUGGCCAAGGUGCCGAGUCGCCAAGCGGUCCAGCACUUGAUUGAAAACUAUGCCAAUACCCUUACGAGUUUGCGGGAAAACAUCAACUGGAACAAAUGGCAGUGCGUGCUCAAAUGCCUCGGGCUCAAGCGCAUGGAAGACGUCCUCAAGCUCGACAUGGACACUUCCGCGACCAUCGACCAUGCCCUCAUUCGCUUGCGUCGCCGUUUUGCCACGAAGCGCGCCGCCUUCUCCCGCACCCACGAGACCCUGCAAGCCCAACAACACAAAGCGUGGGAGCACUGCAUGGACGCGUUCGUGUGCUACAACUCGAUGGGUGCCGACAUUCCGACAGCUCCAUCGCAGCACCAUGCUCCUAUUGAUGUUCGAGGCACAUCCAUGAUCAUAAUGGACAGUCUUUACGACAGCCCCGCCACGACAAGUCCUCGUGGCCAGGGCAAGUUCUCCACUCAACCGCGGACUGCUCCGUCACCGCAACCCCAUCUCGGGGCGACGACGAGUUGUACUGACCAAUUGCAAAGAUGCAGAACGUCGUCCGUGCCUUCGAAAGGGCGGCUGGACCCCGCUACAACCAAGCGGAUCCUGACAUUGGCAUCGUUGGCCCCCACGGACAUUUCGGCGAUGGCUCUGGGCGACCGGCAACGGUACAUGGUCGAAGUCAAUUCCACCACACAAACUCCCCCCCGCGAACCCCCUACGCCGCCACCACAAUCAGAGCAAACACAUACGACGGCUGCGUCAUUGCCCAACUCAUCACGAGGCGGGAAACUUCAAAUGCAGUUUGAGCCGACACCAACUACAACGAUCAAGGGCAUCCCGUCGCAGUCGCCAUUCAUGCGACGGAAGGCACUCGAGUCGCUCCAAAAGCGCAUGCUCCAUACCAAGCAGCAAUAUGCCGAGAGCUCGUGUAGAAGUGGGGGCACUGCGUUGGACCAGACAGGGCGUCAGCUUCAGCUACUGCACAUGCCUCCCCAGCCGACAAUUCCUCCCCACCACGUCCACCAUUCGAUGCCUCAUUAA